GGAGAUUAAUGAGAUCAUGCCAUUGAGGAUACAGCAACCGACAGAUUUGGGCUCACAGGCCAUAUGCUCUUCUGGACAAGACAGCAUCUCAUUCUCACUGCCUCUGCGUUGGAAGCUGAGUGAACUCUUUGGUGACUGUUGUAAUCUACAAACAGUGUGGUUAUAUAUUCACCUCUAUAUGCAAGCAACAAUUAAACACCUUACAAAAGCCAUGUAUUCAUCUGAAACAUGUUACAGCAUGGACAUCUGUGGGCUGGUUUAGGGUUAUCAUCAAUUGCCCAUCGUGUUGUGUUUAAUUCCGUUUAUUUCACCAGGUAAGUCAAAUGAGAACAAAUUCACUUUUUCAGGCCUGUGCACACCCUGUAAGAGUAGACAACAGUCCUAUAUUCUAAGGAACGUACUGUAUUUCUGUUAAGCAGCCCAGCUGUUCUGUGAUGGUCUGGUGUGGUUUGGCAGCUCUAGUCAGUGCUCUUGUGGUCGUCUUCACCAAUAUGGUGCGAGGAGUCAGCAGAAACUUCAGCCUGUUGAAGCUCUUCAAGGCUUGCCCUCCCAAGACCAGUCACUGCUUCACGGAAACCUCUUCUCUAGGUGUCUCAAGCAAAGCUUUUCGAGAUCAAAAGAAGUUUAUAAAUGGCUUUGCAAAGAGUAUGGAGAUUAACUUGUAGACUAGUUUUACUGCUUACACCAGAAGGAGACUCAGCAGCUGAAAUGUGUUUUUUCUUUCUACUUUUCAGUGAAGAAUUAACCUCUGCUUGUUCCUGUGCAGCUAGCGCUCACUGACACAACUCCCGGCUCAAACCUCUUUAGUUUAACUAUUUGUUAAUGUUUUUUUUUAUCUAUGUGAUGUCCCCUCUUAAAACUGUUCACAGUUUUAGUAAUGAGUUUUUAAUUGCCAUCUAGUCAGAUUAGCAUUAAAGUAGGGGUAACAGAAUCUGGUACUGAAAGUUCACAGUGCAAAAGGUCUUUUUUUCUCAGGUCUCCAGUUAUGGGCAAUUUAUAGAGAUCUGGAAAACAGAAGGACUGUGGUCAUAUGAAGAGUAAUAUCAGGGACCGGAGACAUAAGAAGCUGGUGUGACUCCGGCUUUGGGAAGGCAGCUGCCCUGCACCUGGAUGCGCUGGGGUUCGAGGUAUUUGCCAGUGUGUUGGACCUCAGUGGGGCGGGGGCUGUGGAGCUGCAACAUGCUUGCUCGUCCAGGCUGACCCUCAUCCAGAUGGACAUCACGAAGCCCCAGGAGGUCCAGCAGGCCUUGCGCUGCACUGUGGACAAGCUUGGCAGGAGAGGCCUGUGGGGCCUGGUGAACAAUGCAGGAAUCUGUGUCAACUUCGGCGAUGCAGAGCUGUCUCUCACGUCCAACUACAGGGGCUGCAUGGAGGUCAACUUCUUCGGCACGCUUGACGUCACCAAGACCUUCCUGCCAGUGGUGCGCCAAGCAAAAGGGAGGAUUGUGACGGUUUCCAGCCCCUCAGGGGAGCAGCCCUUUCCCUGCCUGGCUGCCUACGGCGCCUCUAAAGCUGCCCUGAAUCUGUUCAUCAACACCCUGAGGCACGAGCUGGAACCCUGGGGGGUCAAGGUCUCCACCAUCCUUCCUGCGUCUUACAAGACAGGCCAGUCCAGUAAUCUGGAGUACUGGGAGAAACAGCACCAGCACUUGGUCCAGAACUUGUCCCCCAGCCUGCUGGAGGAGUACGGGGAGGAGUACCUGCUGGAGACUAAAGAGCUGUUCAAGGCCCAUGCCAGGAAAGCCAAUGAGGACUUCAGCCCCGUCAUCAACGCCAUUGCGCACUCGCUGCUGUCCACGCAGCCCAGUACACGCUACUACGCCGGCCACGGCAUGGGGCUCAUGUACUUCAUCUACAGCUACCUGCCCACGUCCGUCAGCGAUCGCUUCCUGAAGCGGCUCUUCGUCAGAAAGAAAGUACUGCCGAGGGCGUUGCAGAAACAGAACAACAACAACAAUCAAAUUCAGAAAUAAACAGAAAAUACAUCCAACAGCACCACUCACUUACAGAAGUACUCUUAGUGAUGUUUGGUUAUAUUUUGUACUUUCAUUUUUAGAAGGGAUCAUUGAAUUACACCAAAUUUUCUGUGAAAGAGAAAAGGCACAGCAGCCUGGCCUCACAGAACACAUUCUCACACAAAUAAACUCAGGUCUUCUGUUUGGAAACAGCAAAUUCAUGAACAAAUUCUUCUCUGCAAAAAAAAACCUUUUAACAAUGUUUUAAUUUUUGUGUUGCUGUUUUACCUUUUUUUUAAUGUGUUUUCUUGCUCGUCUGUUUCCUUUCAUCCAAUCAGAGUGUUGCAGCUUUUUUCAUGCCAGUUUUUCGCUAUGAAUCAGUGAUACUGUGAAAUUUUUGUAAAAAAAGAAAGAAAAAAACUAAAGAAAAAAGUAGUGAAUCACUCACUUGUUUAUUCUUCUUUAGUAUUAAAGGACUUCUCAACCACA